AUGUCCCCAGCAAAGGAACAGACUCCCAACAAGGGGAGCGACUGCGAACCCGCAGAUCUCGCUCAGGCAUACCGCGACCUAGCAAAGGGCGAACAGGCCGCCACGGCUCUGGAGGCGAAUCUGACUCAUCUCGAGUCUAAGCUCGAUGCCAUGCUUGCGGCGUUGGAAAAAAAGGCCAGCGGUGCAGAGGGCAAGGUACAAGGGGACGGGGAGAGUGGCAAGUAG